AUGUCGGACGAUGCGAGCGCUGGCGAGUUCGACUUCAAGCUUUACAGAUACACACCCUCUCUGGCCGGAGCGAUCAUCUCGGUGAUAGUGUUUGGUGUACUGAGCGGACUUCACCUCUGGAAAUUGAUUCGACAUCGAGCCAUAUAUUUCACGCCUUUCUUGAUCGGCGGUAUAUUCGAAACCAUUGGCUACAUCGGCAGAAUAUUGUCACACUACGACAAAGAAUCGCUCAGCGGCUUCAUCAUCCAAGCUAUCCUCAUCCUCGUGGCCCCAGCCCUCUUCGCCGCGUCCAUCUACAUGAUCCUCGGCCGCAUCAUUCGCACCAUUCACGCCGAGCACCUCUCCCUCAUCCCCAUUAAUUGGGUCACGCGCAUCUUCGUCAUUGGCGACGUCUUCUCCUUCACCCUGCAAGCGGGAGGCGGGGGCAUACAGUCCGGCGGAACCCUGGACAUGUUCAACCUGGGCGAGAAGAUCAUUGUCGCCGGGCUGUUCAUGCAGAUCUUCAUCUUUGGCUUCUUCGUGGUAACGGCUCUGCUUUUCCACAUGCGCAUCGCGAAACGGCCAACCGCAACUGCUGCCCAGGGUGCGGUGCACUGGAAGCGGCAUUUGUACGUUUUGUACACAACAAGCGCACUUAUCCUGGUCCGAAGCAUUUUCCGAGUGGUGGAGUACCUGCAGGGCAACGACGGCUAUCUCAUAUCGCAUGAGGUGUUCCUGUACAUCUUCGACAUGCUACUGAUGGCGUCAGUCAUGGUGAUUUUCUUUGUGUUCUACGUAGGCGACCUGGAGCCGAAGAAGAGGAAGGACGUGCGGGACUCUGGCGAGCUGGAAUUGAAUCAUCGACAAGGACAGUGGUCUUGA